GGAAACUGACGGUUCAGGUCAGAGCAGACCGCGGUAGGAAGCUGAUAUCCACGGAACAGGUUUUCUAUGCAUUUCUCGAUUUUUCUUCACCCCCGUGCGACAGUACACGUCUAUUAUCUAUCUUUUUAAACUUAAUGUCGUGUUUUUUUUUCUCCUUGAAAACAAACGUAAUGUGGUUAGCAUGAGGCACCGAUUUCCUUCUCUGUUCGGAAAACGAGCUCCUACCUGCACCGACCCGUCCAGCAACACUUCCAGUCACUGACGAGCAGCGAUGCAGAAGAAGACAUGAGGACAAAGCGACGUGCCUCGUCCUUCUGUCAGUGACCGUGUUUACUUGUCUCCUCUGUGUCGGAUUUCCCCCUCUCGUCAAAAUGAAUUUCUUGCGUAAUCGUCUUGUUGUUCUGGCCCUGGUGUUGUUGGCCACGUUGCUGCUGUACCUGCUGCUGCCGUCCAUCCGUCAGGGCAGCAUGGAGCCGUCCAUUGAAGCUCAAAAGUUGAGCCUGAUGGCCACUUCUCCUCCUCUUCCGAAUGUCAACGUGUCCGUUCGCACCGGACAGCUGCCUGGAGACCCACCACUGUUCUUCCGAGAGGCUUUGCCCAUUGACGGUGCUGGACGACAGAUAGUGCCGAGGCUGCAAGUGGUGCUUCUUCACGGCCAGGCCUUCACAUCCAAAACCUGGGAAGAACUCGGCACAAUGGCCCUGCUGGCAGCUAAUGGUUAUCAGGCCCUGGCCAUGGACCUGCCAGGGUAUGGACAAUCCCCAAACUCCGAGGCUCUAAAUACGGACCAGAGUCGAGUGGACCUUCUGUCAAGGUUCAUGGAGGCUUUGGGCGUCAGGGCGCCUGUGCUUUUGAGCCCCUCCAUGAGUGGACAAUAUUCCCUCCCCUUUUUCAUGAAGAACAAUGCGCAGCUACAUGGCUUCAUUCCCAUCGCACCAGUCGGUACCAGAAGUUACACUCAGCAGCAGUACCAAAGUAUCCAGACUCCCACUCUGAUUGUGUUUGGAGCCCUGGAUACAAAUCUGGGUGCCCAGUCCCACAAGAACCUCAUGCAACUUCCACACUACACUGUGCUCAAGCUAGAAGAAGCCCGUCAUGCCUGCUACAUGGAUAAACCCAGAGAGUUUCACCAGGGCUUGAUGGACUUCCUCAGCAAGCUGAAAUGAGAUGAAGGAGAUGGAACAGAAAAGAUGGAAAAAGGAUGAGGAUGAAGCAUAAAGGCAAACUCUAAUCAGUGGUCAGGGGUCGUUACACUGUUUUGAUCAUUACCUGAAGAUCAUUGGUAUAGGACUAGGGUUUUAAUACACGGUAAAGGGUAUAUUAUGUUGUUAAGUAACUUUAACAACGUAAUAUUUCAGUGGUUACAAAGGUUUCUUUCCCAUUUUCCAUAUUAUCACCCAACAUGAUGCUAGUUCAGCUAAGCUUGUUUAAAAAAAAAGUAAUAAUAAUAAAAAAAAAUAGAAAAGAAAAUAGCAUCCCUGGUGUAUAUCAGUGAUAUUGUAGCUACAUGUGUUUGUCGUCUUUCUUUGCAUGUGAAAUUAGGGAACGUGUUUGCGUCUACGUUGCCAUUUUUGGAGGUGACAUGUAAGGUUGCUGUAAAUAUGCGAAGUAGCAGGUGUGAUGUAGUUUCAGUCGAUUCCGUUUGCUUUAUGUUCAUGUGCUAAUCAUUCCGGCCUCCGGGCAAAUACACGCCCCCUUCUUAUGCAAACAACUAUUAAAAAUGAGUAAAACAUUACGGAGGAGAAGAAGAAGAAGAAGAAGCAGAAAAAAAUCUCAUGUUUAUUUGUAUAGUUAUAAAGUUAAAUGUAAUAUAUUUGCAAUAAGUUUGGACAAUCAUGCAGAAAACAAACCUGAAAUAAGAUAAGAUGUGCAUAGCUUCAAAUAAAGGUUAAAUUGUG